CUUGGGCUUACAAAAUAUCGGAUUAUGGACCCCAAACGUUUCAGUCAAACCCACCCUAAUAAAAACCCUAAUUAAAUGUAUGUAUCAUCGACUAUAUAGUCAUUUUAGGGUUACUUGCACCUCCUCUGUUAGCCGCAACAAAGAGAAGAGACGCAACACAGGCUUGAAGCUCUCUGCUGCAACAUGACUUUCAAGCGCAGGAACGGUGGCCGUAACAAAUCAGGCCGUGGUCAUGUGAACCCCAUCAGGUGCUCCAACUGCGGGAAAUGCUGCCCCAAGGACAAGGCUAUUAAGAGAUUCAUCGUCAGGAACAUUGUUGAGCAAGCUGCCAUCAGAGAUGUUCAAGAAGCCAGUGUCUACGAUGGAUACACUCUCCCAAAGCUUUACGCUAAGAUGCAAUACUGUGUCUCCUGUGCUAUCCACUCUCACGUUGUGAGAGUCCGAUCCCGCACCAACCGUAGGGUUCGUACCCCACCUCCCCGUUUCGCCAGACGCAAGGAGGAUGCACCAAAGCCUGGACAACCUGGUCAGGCUCCUCGCCCAGCUGGUGGUGCCGCUGCUGCUCCUCGUGCCUAGACAGUGCAAGAAGCUGGCAACCUAAAACCUUUUAUAUUCUAGUUUCAGUCUUUGUGUUGUCUGGAAUUUUUGAAGAUGUUUUCUACAUUUGGUUAAAAGAUCAUUUUGUCUUGUCGAGCUUUGAAUACUUUUGAGACUAUUUAUCAGUUUAUUUUGACAUUGGCAUCUCUCUCCCUAUUCGAUUCCUGCAACUUCAAUAUUCUUCUAG